AUGAAUCUGUAUUGUGUCUUUUGUCUUCCAGAUGUUUUGCUGCACUGCUGCGUCUUUGCAGUUUUGGUCCAGUCAGCUCCUGUUGACCCUCAGCUGGCCUUCAGGGAGGCAGCGGAGCGAGCAAAGCUGCUGGUGGAGAAAAUCCUGCACGACAUUCCCACGGCAUACAGAGCAACUGUCACCAUGGAGGGUUUGACACUUGACCCCUCCAACCAGCCAGCAAACCUGCAGAUGAUGACGACGUCACUGAAGAUUCCUGCAGCACCCGUCCUCAAACCGCUGUCAGACAGCUUCACACUGGAUACAUGUGUAAAACGCAUGUCUGCAGGCAGCCGGCUGCACCACGACCUCCUGGGAAGUCUGGCAGGGCAACUGAACGGUCUGAAUGACCUGAGAGCUGACCUGUGGGACCUGCUGUCUCAGAUCAGUAACCUGAAGCAGCUGGCUGACCUCAGCGACCCCACAGAACACUACCAGAGGCCAGACUUGACCUCUACCCUCCAGAGCGACUAUGAUGUCCAGAUGGCAGCCCACCUGAUCCUGAAACAGCUUCGCUCCUUCUGCCACGACCUGAUUCGCAGCCUGAGAGCAAUCAGCUCCAUCAGACCGAGCGCUGCAGCCACACGCUGACCGCGCUGCAUUCAGGGACACGCAGCUGGAGGAAUCACUCCACUCACUAAACGUCCACUGUGUGGAACAUCUGGGAGUCUUUUUGCAGGACAAUGAUCGUUCUUUGGUUUGUUUCACGGUCUGAGGUUCAUUUUCAAACGACAAUGAGAUGGGAGCGGCGCAGGAACCGUCAGUCCCGGUGUGGCCUCGUCCUUUAUGGAAAAGCAUCUGCAGGAAUGUCAGCCCUCAGAGCGUGUUUGGAACUGCCUUAAGGAAUAAAGGCUGCAAAAGCUGAACCUGUCUGAACUUGUUGCACAUCUUCAUUUCAUUCCUCCUCAGAGUUUUGUCUUUGCAGGCAAAGUCUGAAGGAUCAUAUUUUUUUCAGGAAUGUACAGAGUUCCUGAAGUAUAAACUCACAGCGCGACAAGCAGCGAAGACGACAAGACAGUUCUUCAAGUGUCUCCUUUGGAGUUUCUACUGAAAACACCCCCCCAAAAAAGGAUCAAUAUUCUGAAAUAACUGACGAUGACCUCAUUUCAGAAAACAGCCCAAAAAUGUCAUUUUCUGUUCAUUUGCUCCAAACAAAUUAAGCUUCAGUAUUUAUGUGUUCUAUUUAUUAAUAUAUUUAUUACAUAUUUAUGUCAGAUAUGUAAUGCUUUAAUUAGUUGUACCAUUAAAAUUGUCUUCUUUUCAGGAGAAAGGUUUCACUGUGACAAAAUGGUGUUUAAUUUUUGUGUAGCAGAUAUUUUGCUGAUUAUUUCUAUAAAAGGAAGCUCAUUUGUAAAAAAUAAAUAAAUAAAUAAAUA